CAAACAGCUUCUAAAGCUACAACAAAACAGAAAAUAAAACUUAUUGUUUUAUUUCAAUAAUAACAUUUUAUUAAAACUAUAAUUAUAAGUGAUUUCAGUAAAUACAAAAAUAAAAAUGGCUCCUUUAAUAAUGGAUACCAGAAAGAAAAACGUUUCGCCGCCAAAAUUUACGGAAUUAAAUGAAUUGUGUUCACAACGAAAUGGCGGAAAAAUCUUAUUCGCAACCGAUGAUUGGUUUGCUCCAGCAGAAUGUAUGUUAUCAGACGAUGAACCAGUCUUCAAAGUCGGUUUAUACACAGAAUGUGGUAAAUGGAUGGACGGUUGGGAAACCAGACGUAAGCGCAUUGCUGGAAAUGAUUGGUGCAUCAUAAAAUUAGGAGUUCCCGGUGUUAUCCAUGGAUUCGAUAUCGACACCUGCUUCUUUACUGGCAACUAUGCACCACGUUUCUCAAUUCAAGCAGCUAGAUUUGAUGACAAUGAAAUCUUGCCAAUUCCAUCACGUGACGAAGAUAUGUUAGGCAAAGCAUGCACUACUGAAGACAUUGAACAAAUGAAGUGUUUACAAUUAGAUCAAUGGACCGAACUUAUUCCAAUUAAACCUUUGAAUGCAGGUAUAGAAGAAACACGUCAUAAUUAUUUCGAAAUUGAUUCAAAUGAAGUAUGGACUCACCUACGAUUGAACAUCUUCCCUGAUGGUGGAAUUGCACGACUAAGAGUUUAUGGUGAAGCACGACCAAGCUUUGAAAGUGUUGUUGGAAAAGAAAUUGAUUUACUAUCAAUGAAAAAUGGAGGUGUAUGUAAAGGAUACUCAAACGCACAUUUUGGACACCCACGUAAUUUAAUUCGCCCUGGCAAGGGAGUUAACAUGGGAGAUGGAUGGGAAACUGCAAGACGUUUAGAUCGUCCACCAAUAUUAGAAUGUGACGAUAAAGGUUGUUUAACUUUACCUGGCAGUGAAUGGGCACUCUUCCGUUUAGGUUACAUGGGUACAGUUAACCGUUUAGAAGUUGAUACCAACCAUUUUAAAGGAAACUUCCCAGAUUCUAUUAAAAUUGAAGGUGCUAUCAUGAAAUCAACUCGUGAAUGGAAUAACCGUGCAUUAGCUCAAACCACAUGGAAAACCAUUUUACCUCAAACAAAAUUGUUACCUCAUCAUCUACAUGAAUUCGAUAAAGAAGACUGUCAGAGUCAAGGACCAUUCACACAUGUACGCAUCUCAAUUGCCCCUGACGGUGGUGUAAGUCGUGUCCGUAUUUUUGGGCAAGUAUGUGGACAUCUCCCAUUAUAAGAAGGUAUUAAUUACAUGUUACGCUAACAUGCCAAAGAUUGAGAAAAAUGUCCUUUUGACUAAUUUGUAUUUAUUUAUUUAUUUUUUAAU